CCCGGUUUGAGUAAUCUGCUUCAGCUCACUGCCUCUUAGUGAAUCCAGCAGCGGCGCCCUUAUCCAAUUGCCGCCUCUGUGGCAAGUUCCGGCUCUCAGAGCCUCGAGGUCUCCCGUGACUCGCGUCGGCAUCUAUUUGGGAUGCCUCCCCCCCGAGCGGCGGCCACCCGCGCCCGCCGGGCAUCGCAGCCCAUCCUUGUCCAGCGCCGGACCUCACACGCGCAGGACGACAGAGCCAAUGCCCGAGCAACGUCGAUGUCUGCCUGGUGCUGCUCACUGUUGAGGAUACGGUGGCCUCCGUUUGCCCAAGAUGCCAACAGGACGCCCAGUGAACAGAGCAGGAUCAAGGUGGGCCAACAUGCCACUUGAUGAUGAGCGCUCAUCAUCAAGUGUUGGUUUCGUGUCUUGUGUCGUGUGUUGUGGUCAGCGGGGAGCUCAGCAUGAGGUGUUCCUGCAGAGGUCGUUUGUGAUCGUGUGGACCUUUGCGCUUUUCUUCCUAGUCAUGUUCGUCGCCGCGCAUGUCUUCCUGCGUACGAAAGACUCACACACAAACGAGAGACAAACACCCACUCAGAUGGCGGGCAUGUUUUCCUCCCUCUCUCUGUUGGUCGGUUGGCUGUGUGAUCAGAGAGUUACGUUGGCCCUGCGUUUUUUGAGGUACGUGAGUUGAGAGGCAGCGACUUUCUGAGGAGAUGCCGGUGCCCACGAUGGCCGUGUGUGUGUCAGUUUUUCCUCGGCACAAGUAUCCUCUCGACCGGCCUCUGGGCCGUCUACAGGCGACGCACAAGAGAACUGCAGCUAUUCAUCGCCUCGUGAGCGAAUCGCGCACAAACCACCACCAACACCCACACACCCACACACACACACGUGCCUGAGUGUCCCAACUUGCCUUGUGCACUCAUUCACCCUCCCCUCCCAUGCAGUGGUUUCUUUAACGUGCUGCUGCUGACCCUGUGGGUGACGCGCGUGUCCCUCCCGUACGUCGUCGGUCACCACUUCAUCCCCACCGGCGACACGCCCACCUUCACAGCAGAGGGCGACGGGGGCAACUCCACGCACAGCCUGCCGGAGGAACCAUCACACACUGCUGAAUGGUAGGUCACUCUCAAACAGACAGGGAGGGAGGGAGGGAGGGAGAGGGUGGGUGCAUACGUGUCGUUCGUGUGUGUGUGUGUAUGUCAGGUAUAAGGUGCUGACGUUUGGUGUGGUCGCGAGCAUCCUCUCGUCAGCCGCGCAGCUGCUCCUCAUCCCUAUCGCCUACUAUCUCAUGUAUGGCACACAGGCCAAAGCUUUGAUACAAAGUCGUGCACACGAGGGGCUGUUGUUCAUCAGGCGGCGUGCUGUGUCGUGUCCUUAUCCGCCGGAUCUCGUCCUGUCGGCCGUCGACACCUCUCUCACAACUACACUAAAUGUACGCGGAGCUGAAGGGCAUAGGUGUGUGGAAGCCACCCCACUCCUGUGUGUGUGUGCGUGGUGUUGUGUGUUGUCUGUCUCGUGUAAAGGUCUCCCGUGACCCCCUGGACGAGUGGGAGGCGGGAGCCUUGUCGUCAGAAAACCCAUUGCCGCCCAGAGAUGUACGCGCAGCCACCGACCCAACCACCCACACAUGUACCCCUCAUCACACUGUCUGUCUGUCUGUGUAUUGAUCGCAUCAGGCCAGUCGUUGGUCGAUUAGCGUCAGUGUGGCCAACACGGCGGUAUCUCGGGAAUGCGAAGACUUCAUCGCUACGUACGAGAAAUCCAUUGACCAGGUAAGGUGUGCGGUGCAUCUCGCCGUCCAGCACAGCACAGCACACACAAAGCACUGGCUGACGGUCGCGUCCAUUUCCUCCCUCUCUGUUCUUUUUCUCCGUGCAGAUCGUUGCGUCAGGGCACCUGCCCCGCUGCCAGGACCGAGUGGAGGCCGUCACGGCCGCACGCAGCGGCCUGCUCUACCGAUGGCAGAAGCCUCAGAUCAAACCCUCCCGGGCAUACACGCCCCCAUCUCCCUCACCCACACCACCCCCACCCCCACAACCACAACCACCACAAGUGCCCGCCGACACGCUGGAGGACGGCAAGCAGCCGUCGCCCCCCUCGGCCGCCCCGAGCGAACGUGAUUCUGAGCGCGUGGUGCCGCGCAUCCCCAGCAUCCCCAGCGGGGGGAUCACGAGCUUCGCCAGCAUGUCCACCUUGUCGUGUCUGUCGGAACACGGCACCACCACGCACAAGGCGGCGUGUCAGGAGCCAGGCGGCUACCCCAUCGCACGAGAUGCCGUCCGCGACAAGACGGCCGGCAGUGUGGCCGACAAGUGCCCACACCCCCACCCCCAGGCACAGCCGCAUCCACAGACGCCGUCUCCCCCCAGCGCACUCUCAUCAGCCGUUCGAGCCACCAUCUCGACCCCACGCAUGGCGACGGGGUGCGCGGCUGCCCGGCACACCCACACCAAGUCCCUGACGGACCUGCGGCUGCCGGUGGUGGAGCGGCACCACUCGCUCUCGUCCAGUGCGCCAUGCACCUCCCUCCUGGGGUCGGCCGACGACACGCCUCCGCCGCUGCUGUUCGCGACGCCGCAGAAGGGCGUGGGUGCGGCGAGUGACGCCGGCAAUCGGGGACGCGGCAGCACCGCCACACAGCAGGUGGGAGGCUAGAUAGUGUGGUGU